AGAUAACAUUCCAAUUUAAGUGGAGUAGGAUUGAAGAAAAUCUUUGAAAUUUCAACAACGCUUGUUCAUUACUAUCCACUCACUGUAUGCUUGUUUCAGUUCAAGUAUUAAAAUUCACAAUCUAUCCUCUAAAAACUUAGGUUAUUCCGAUGGCUAGCAGUAGCAGAAACUCUUCAACUUUAGCUCUAAGAAAUAACUAUGAUGUGUUUGUGAGCUUCAGAGGUGAAGACACUCGCUACAAUUUUACCGAUUUUCUUUUUGACGCCCUCCAAACAAAAGGAAUUUUCGCAUUUAGAGAUGACAAUAAUCUUCCAAAAGGUGAAUCCAUUAGACCCGAGCUCCUCCAUGCAAUCCAACACUCUCACAUUUAUGUUGUCGUCUUCUCAAGGAACUAUGCCUCCUCAACUUGGUGCUUGCAAGAAUUGGAAAGUAUAUGUGAAUGCGUUCAAGUGUCUGGAAAACAUAUUCUUCCUGUUUUCUAUGAUGUUGAUCCUUCAGACGUCAGACAUCAAAGAGGGAUUUAUGCUGAAGCCUUUUCCAAACAUGAACACAGAUCCCAACAUGACUCCCAGAUGGUAUCAAGAUGGCGAGAAGCUCUAACACAGGUUGCAAAUCUCUCUGGAUGGGAUCUACGUCAUAAGCCACAAUCUGUAGAGACUAAAAAGAUUGUUCAAAAGAUAAUUAAUAUAUUGGAUUGCAAAUCUUCAUCUGUUUCAAAAGAUUUAGUUGGAGUGGAUUCUCCUAUCCAAGAAUUAGAAAAGCUUUUACUUUUGGACUCAGUUGAUGAAGUUCAUGUGAUAGGAAUUUGUGGGAUGGGAGGAAUAGGGAAGUCAAGUCUUGCUACUGUUUUAUAUGAUAGAAUCUCUCAACAAUUUGGUGCAUGUUGUUUUAUUGAUGAUGUGAGUAAAAUUUAUAGAUUACAUGAUGGUCCACUUGGUGCACAAAAGCAAAUUCUAGACCAAACUCUCGGAGAAGAGCACCGUCAGAUAUGCAAUCAUUACGCUGCAACUAAUCUGAUACGACAUAGGCUAUGUCGGCAAAGGGCCCUUAUCAUUCUUGAUAAUGUUGGUCAAGUUGAACAACUAGAAAAAAUUGGUGUGCGUCGUGAAUGGUUAGGUGCCGGUAGUAGAAUCAUUAUCAUUUCUAGAGAUGAACAUAUAUUGAAACACUAUGGGGUGGAUGCAGUUUAUCAAGUUCCUCUCUUGAAUUGGACUAACUCUCUUCAAUUAUUGUGUCGAAAAGCUUUCAAACUUGAUCACAUUUUGAGUAGUUAUGAAAGGUUGGUUUAUGACAUACUAAAUUAUGUUGAUGGCUUACCACUAGCAAUUAAUGUAUUGGGUUCAUUUUUGUUUGGCCGAGAUAUAUCCGAUUGGAAAAGUGCAUUGGCUAGUUUAAGAGAAAAUCCAGACAAAGAUGUCACGGAUGUGCUCCGGUUAAGUUUUGAUGGGCUAAGGAAGACAGAAAAAGAAAUAUUUCUUCAUAUUGCUUGUUUUUUCAACAAGUAUAUGGAAAAAUAUGUUAAAAAUGUUUUAAAUUGUUGUGAAUUUCAUGCUGAUAUUGGAUUAAGGAUUCUCAUUGAUAAAUCACUUGUAAGCAUUGAAGAUGAAACAAUUGUAAUGCAUAAUUUGUUGGAAGAGCUAGGCAGAAAUAUUGUUGCAGAAUACACAAGUAAAGAGCGCAGAAGGUGGAGAAGGCUGUGGUUCGGCAAACAAAUCUACGAUGUUAUGUUGGAAAAUAUGGAAAAGAAUGUUGAAGCCAUAGUUUUGAAUCAUGAACACAUUAAUGAAGAUAUGGAUGCAGUGAUAUUUGAAGACUUUUCAAAUCUUAGAUUGCUCAUCAUCAAUAAUGAGAAAGUAUCGGGAAGCCUCAAUUGUCUUUCUAUCGAAUUGAGAUAUAUUGAGUGGAAUGAAUAUCCUUUCAUGUAUCUGCCAUCAAGUUUUCAACCCAAUCAACUUGUUGAGUUGAUAUUGAAGGAUAGCAGCAUCAGACAACUCUGGGAAGGCAAAAAGAAUCUGCCCAAAUUGAAAAUUUUGGAUCUGAGCCACUCCAAAAAUCUAAUAAAGUUGCCAAAUUUUGGAGAGUUCCCGAAUCUUGAGCGGCUAAAUCUGGAAGGAUGUAUAAAACUUGUGCAGUUGGAUCCAUCUAUUGAGCUUCUAAAAAAGAUUGUUUCCUUGAAUUUAAAUGGUUGCAAAAGUCUAGGAAGUAUACCCAACAACAUAUUUGGUCUCAACUCCCUUAAAGAUUUAAAUAUGUCUGGGUAUUGUUUCAGAGACUUUAACAAUACAAGGCUUUUGGUUAUGAGUGAAAUUGCUCCACGCUCUCAAUCAACAUCCUCCAUCUGUAAAUGGACCACAAAGCUUUACCAUUCAUUAUUUUCCACUCCCACAACAAACACAGUUAUGUUUCCUUCCUUUCAUAGCCUAUUUUUUUUACAUGAAGUUGAUAUUAGCUAUUGUGGUUUAAGCCAACUCCCUAAGGCUAUUGAAUGUUUAUGUUGGUUGGAAAUGUUGAGUCUUGGGGGGAACAAUUUUGUGACACUGCCUAGCCUUAGGAAGCUUUCCAAACUUGUAUAUUUGAACUUGGAGAAUUGCAAGUGGUUGGAAUCUUUGCCCGAGCUACCUUUCUCUACAAUCGAGCAGGAUUUUCAAAAGAACAAAUAUUGGAGAAGAGGAUUGUUCAUUUUCAACUGUCCUAAAAUAAAUGAUAAGGAACAAUGCGGUAGAAUGACAUUUUCAUGGAUGACACAAUUCAUUCAAGUGAACAAUGAAUACCCUGCUUUCUUUUACGUUAGUAUUGUUAUUCCAGGAAAUGAAAUACCAAGUUGGUUCAACAAUCAGAGUGUUGGUCAUUCAAUACCCGUAUCUCCUGUUAUGCAGGACAAGGACAAUAAUGUUGUUGGCCUUUUAUGUUGUGCACUAUUUUAUUCCGCACCUCAUUAUCCAACAAUAAUAGGAUCUUCUGCUAAGUUGAAACUGUCUGCAUUAAACAACACUGUCCAUCUUCCGGUAAUUAUCAAUGGAGACCUUAUUAGUGUCAAAUCAAAUCACAUCUGGCUAAUCUAUUUCCCUUGGAAGUCAUCUUAUAAUGAUUUGUAUGCUCCUUUCCAUGUUGAAACUUAUAUCCAUCCAUGCUUCGAUGUGCAAGUGAAGAGAUGCGGGUAUCGUUGGGUAUAUAAACAAGAUCUACAAGGGUUCAACUCAACAAUGACACAUCCCGAAUAUAUGUUAGCUCUAAAGCGCAAGUUUUUGGCAAUUGAAGAUGAGGCACAACCACAACUACACUCAUUCAGAUGGAGACAGACAACACAUGUACAAGAAGGUCAGGAAGAGUCUCAACAGAGAAGAAACAUUGACUUGAUUUUCUUUUCUGUUGUCACUCAAAGAAAUGUAAGUCAGAUGGCUAUGUCGAGCAGCAGCAACUCCUCCUCUUCAGCUCUGGUAACACUGCCAUUGAGGAAGAAUUUCGAUGUGUUUGUGAGUUUCAGGGGUCCAGAUACUCGCUUCAAUUUUACAGAUCAUCUUUUUGCUGCUUUUCAAAGUAAAGAAAUCAUUGCAUUCAGGGAUGACAAUGAUCUUGAAGAGGGAGAAUCCAUUGGACCCGAACUCCUUCGUGCAAUCGAAAACUCUCUGAUUUUCGUUGUGGUCUUCUCUAUAAACUAUGCUUCUUCAACUUGGUGCUUGCGAGAGUUAGAAAAGAUCCUUCAAUUAAGUCAAUUAUUUGGAAAACAAAUUUUGCCUAUUUUCUAUGAUGUUGAUCCUUCUGAUGUCAGACAUCAAAAAGGAAGCUAUGCUGAAGCCUUCUCCAAACAUGAACAAAGAUUUCAACAAGACUCUCAGAUGGUGCAAAGAUGGAGGGAAACUUUAACACACGUUGCCAAUCUCUCCGGUUGGGAUGUUCGUCAAAAGCCACAGUCUGCAGAGAUUAAAAAGAUUGUUCGAAAGAUAAUUAAAAUAUUGGAUUGCAAAUCUUCAUGUGUUUCAAAAGAUUUAGUUGGUAUGGAUUCUCCUAUCCAAAAAUUAGAAAAGCUUCUACUUUUGGACUCCGUUGAUGAUGUUCGUGUGAUAGGAAUUUGUGGGAUGGGAGGAAUAGGGAAGACAACUCUUGCUACUGUUUUAUAUGACCGAAUCUCUCAAUAUUUCAGUGCAUGUUGCUUUAUUGAUGAUGUAAGCAAAAUUUGUAGACUACAUGAUGGUCCACUCGGUGUACAAAAGAAAAUUCUAGAUCAAAUUCUCGGCCAAGAGAACCAUCAGAUAUGCAAUCAAUCAAACGCGGCUAAUCUCAGACGACGCAGACUAUGUCGUCAAAGGGUCCUUAUGAUUCUUGAUAAUGUUGGUCAAGUCGACCAACUAGAAAAAAUAGCCGUGCAUCGUGAAUGGUUAGGUGCCGGUAGUAGAAUUAUUAUCAUUUCUAGAGAUGAGCAUAUAUUGAAACAGUAUGGGGUGGAUGCAGUUUACCAAGUUCUUCUCUUGGAUAGGACUAACUCUCUUCAAUUAUUGUGUCGAAAAGCUUUCAAACUUGAUCACAUUUUGAAUAGUUAUGAAGGGUUGGUUAAUGGCAUACUACAUUAUGCCAAUGGCCUACCACUAGCAAUUAAAGUUUUGGGUUCAUUUUUAUUUGGUCGAGAUGUAUCUGAAUGGAGAAGUGCAUUGGCUAGAUUGAGAGAAAGUCCAGAAAAAGAUGUGAUGGAUGUUUUGCGAUUAAGUUUUGAUGACCUAAGGGAGACAGAAAAAGAAAUAUUUCUUCAUAUUGCUUGUUUUUUUAACAAGCUUAGGGAGAAAUAUGUUAAAAAUGUUUUAAAUUGUUGUGAAUUUCAUGCUGAUAUUGGAUUAAGGGUUCUCAUUGAUAAAUCACUUGUAAGCAUUGAAGAUGAAACGAUUGUAAUGCAUAAUUUGUUGGAAGAGUUAGGCAUAAGUAUUGUUGCAGAAAACACAAGCAAAGAGCCCAGAAAGUGGAGAAAGUUGUGGUUCGACAAACAAUUCUAUGAUGUUAUGUUGGAAAAUAUGGAAAAGAAUGUUGAAGCCCUAGUUUUGGGUCAUUAUCAUGAAGACGUUGAUAAGGAUAUGGAUGGAGUGAUUAUCGAAGACUUUUCAAAUCUUAGAUUGCUCAUCAUCAACAAGUAUGUGAAUUUAUCGAGAAGCCUCAAUCGUCUUUCUAAUGAAUUGAGAUAUAUUGAGUGGAGUCAUUAUCCUUUCAUGUAUUUGCCAUCAAGUUUCCAGCCCAAUCAACUUGUUGAAUUGAUUUUGAUGCGUAGCAGCAUCAAACAACUAUGGGAAGGCAAGAAGAAUUUGCCCAAAUUGAGAAUAUUGGAUCUGAGCCAGUCCGAAAAUCUAACAAAGAUGCCAGAUUUUGGAGAGUUCCCGAAUCUUGAGUGGCUAAAUCUGGAAGGAUGUAUAAAACUUGUGCAGUUGGAUCCAUCUAUUGAGCUUCUAAGAAAGAUUGUUUUCUUGAAUUUAAAUUAUUGUGAAAGUCUAGUAAGCAUACCCAACAACAUAUUUGGUCUCAGCUCUCUUGAAGAUCUAAAAAUGUCUGGGUGCUCUCGGUGUUGUUUCAAAGAGUUUAACAAUACAAGGGAUUUGGAUAUAAGUGAAACUGCUUCACAUUCCCAACCAGCAUCCUCCAUCUGCAAAUGGACCACAAAGCCUUACUAUUCCUUGUUUCCCACUCCCACAAUAAACACAGUUAUGUCUCGUUCUUUGCGUAGCAUAUAUUGUUUACGUGAAGUUGAUAUUAGCUACUGUGGUUUAAGCCAACUGCCUGAGGCUAUUGGAUGUUUACGUUGGUUAGAAAUGUUAAAUCUUGGGGGGAAUAAUUUUGUGACACUGCCUAGCCUUAGUGAGCUUUCCAAACUUGUAUAUUUGAACUUGGAGAAUUGCAAGCGGUUGGAAUCUUUGCCCGAGCUACCUUUCCCUACUUCUGUCGAGCAGGAUCUUCGAAAGAACAAAUAUUUGAAGGGAACAGGAUUGUUCAUUUUCAACUGUCCUAAAAUAAGGGAUAAGGAACGAUGCAGUAGAAUGACAUUUUCAUGGAUGACUCAAUUCAUUCAAGUGAACAAAGAAUACCCUGCCUUCUUUAACAUUGGUAUUGUCAUUCCAGGAAGUGAAAUACCGAGGUUGUUUAAAAAUCAGAGCGUUGGUAGUUCAAUACACGUAUCUCCUGUUAUGCAGGACAAAGGCAAUAAUAUCGUUGGCUUUUUAUGUUGUGUAGUAUUUUCUUUCGCACCUCAUUAUCCAACAAUGACAAGAUCUUGGUCCCAUUUGACACUGUAUGCAUUAGACAACAUUCUCUGUCUUCCGCUAUUUGUCAAUGGAGAUCUUAUUACUGUCAAAUCAAAUCACAUCUGGCUAAUCUAUUUCUCUUGGAAGUCAUCUUAUGAUGAUCUGUAUGCUCCUUUUCAUGUCGAAACUGAUAUCUCUGGAGGCUUGGAUGUGGAGGUGAAGAAAUGUGGGUAUCGUUGGGUAUAUAAACAAGAUCUACAAGAGUUCAACUCAUCAAGGAUGCAUCCCAAAAAGAUGUUAGCUCUAAAGCGCAAGUUUUUGGCAAUCGAAGAUGAUGCACAACCACAACCACAUCUGCACUCAUCCAGAUGAUGAAAUAAAUCCUAACUUGUAGCAACUAUGCUCACACGCAGUUUGAUCAAACUUCAAGACUGUUGGACUAUUUUCCAAUCCACUGUGUUAUUUGGUAAUAAGGUAAAAACAAAAGCUCAUCAAAUUAGAGAAAAAAUUCAACCAGUUUUCAUUGUGAUUGCUAGGAGACACGUUAAGCAAAUGGCAACCCUUGUACUCAUAAUAUAGAAGAACCAACACAUGGACAAGAAGGUCAGGGAGAGUCUCUACCAAAUGGAUAACAAAGAGGAAACAUUGACUUGAUUUUCAUCUCUGUUGUCACAAGAAGGCCAACAAGUGGAAAAAUGGGGUUCUGAAGUUAACAAAAGCUUGUUAGAUUAAGGUGUAACGUUUACAUAAGGAUAAUACAAUUUAUGUAGGUAUUUUUGUCCAAUAUGUUUUCACUGUAUUUGGAUCCAUAUUUUUGCAUAUAAUAAUAUGGCUGUUCUUUUUGGUUAUUUUUUAAUGUUUCAUUCAAGUCAUAUUAUUCAUGAUAUCACCCAAUAGUCAUUCCAGGAAUGCAAGUUCCCCAAGUUAGAAAAAUGAUUUGUGAUAAAGCAGGAAAAAUCUGAGGACACGUUAUUAUGAUGCAUCAAGAGUCACUAGAAGUGGUAGAAUUAGAGUUCUAAUCAUGCAAGUGAGCCCCUCCUUCACCGCACCAGAAGUUUGUGUUUGCUGUAACAUGUCGCAACCACUGUUCUUCAAUCAAUUCUGGUUCUGUACCGGAACAAUGACACCGUCUGUGGAAAUGGACUACUGAUUCCCGCGUUUUCCACAGUUGAACAUAUUCACUUCGGUUCAUCGAUUUGAAGCUCUCUCAACCUAUCAGAUCAGAGUUCCUGAGAUCGAACUUCAGAGCCACUGUUCUCGAUCUAUUUCGGUAGUGGGCCAACUCUAAUUUUCAGAAUUUCUUAAUCUUUAAUCUCCAAACCUUCCAGCGAAUUUCAGAAUAUUAUUCAAGCAAACCAAUAUUAUUCUGCUGCUACCUCCUUUCAUCAGGUUGAUAUUGUUAUUCCUGGAAGUGAAUAAGCGUCGACCCCUCUCCCAUUGUAUACGAUGAUAAUAUCAUUGGCAUUGUUCGUUGUGUCAUAUUUUCUGUGGCGCCUUUUGAUCCAACACGACAAGACAUGAAGGGUGGCCGAUAAUACGGUUAGGUUUUAAGAGCAGAAAUGUUGUGAAUAGCCACUAUUUUGUCAUUCCAGUAACUCUUUAUAGCUAUCUUAUAAAGGUAAAAUCAAAUCAU